AUGACCACCGUAGCUCUUGUGAUGUGUCCACACUGCAUUGAGCCCACAGACAACAUCCACGAUCUCCCACUCACCGUUCUGGAUGUGCUGGCUUCCAAGUGUUUCCGAUCGGCAACCCAUCCAGGAUCUGAUUUUAGGAUCACCGCCGUCGCCGACAGGUUCGCCGAAACGCUCGGCGCAGGAUUACUGCACAAAGCACAGAAAGAACCAGCACUUUGGGUGACCAGACGUAAAGUGGGCGGCCUUAGUCCUCUGGCUCCUUGUUUGGUUUACGGACAGUACGUCUACGGACUUGUACAACCGUAUGUCCAGGAUUUUUUGAGACCUCGACCUCAUCAUGAAUGGAUUAAUUCGGGGAAAUUUCAAGGAGAUAUCGACGGUAUUGACGCAGACUUAUUCAGACAACCAAAAAUGCGAGAAACUCACACAAACCAUCGAACGCUCACUAUAAUCCUUUGUUUGCGUUGCGCACUACACCCGUCUGAGCAUGCGUAUAAAAAAGAAGGUUUUGUGUUCUUCAACGCGCUUAAAAACAAGCAGUUAACGUGGAAAGAUGGAAUUAUCCCCUACGUAAUGGAUCCAGCGUUCUCCCAUCAUGAGGUGAAAUUGCUAGAAAAGGCUUUCGCAAGUUAUCAUAAGAACACCUGCAUCCGCUUCCAGCCAAGGAAUGACGAGGAGGACUAUCUAAACAUUGUUAAAGGUUUUGGAUGUUAUUCGCAAGUAGGACGAACCGGUGGGAAGCAGGAAAUCUCACUUGGUAGAGGUUGUCUCUUUCAUGAAAUCAUCGUCCACGAACUCAUGCACUCAGUUGGAUUUUGGCAUGAACAUAGCCGAGCAGACCGAGACGAGCACAUUCACAUCCGUUGGGAUAACAUUCUGCCUGGGAUGAGGUCACAGUUCGACAAAAUCUCAGCAUCUUUACAGGACACUCAAGGUGAAAAAUACGACUACCGGUCGAUAAUGCAUUACGAUUCUACCGCGUUCUCGCGUAAUGGUAGAAACACAAUCGAACCGGUGCAAGAAGGGUUUACUGAAGUUAUAGGCAGCGCCACUGAUCUGUCGCAUCUCGACAUUGUGAAAAUCAACAAACUCUAUCAAUGCGCGUCGAAGCGCAAGGAAAAGCCAAAAUCGUCCCUAGAAAAUGCGCAGUCUGUUCUCACAAGUAAAGAAAAAUGUCAAGAUCAUUUCGUGGACUGUCCGCACUUUUCACAAUACUGCCAACGAGCGUCUUUUUUCUUCGUGAUGAAGAGCUAUUGUCCCCUUACGUGUGGUCACUGCAAGCUGUUGGAGUCCUGA